UCGUUGCCACGUCGAGGCGUCCACCAGGAGGAAAAAAGUACCAAAGGUGAAAUUGCACUUUGAGAUUGAUCUCCAUCCUAUCCGUUGGGGACAUCUGAUUCCGUCGUCAGACUCCUCCGAGUUUGCCCUCUCCGGGAGAGGAAGUUUUCGUCACUUUGACAAGACCGACUACGACUAUACCCUUCUUCGUCAAGCGAGCAGUUCUUCCCUCACUCGAGCAGCAGGAGGUAGUGGAAGCGGUAGUAUUCCACCUCAACCUCUUCGACCUGCUCCCACUCCGCCGUUUGUGGGUGGACCAGGCCAAAUUUCCUUCGACGACUCAGUAUUCACCACUGCCCCCAAUUCGCCCCAUUCGGCCAUCACCAUUCCGAUCUACGGAAACGGAUCUUCUGCCUCCUCCACCCCACACGCCGGUGGUGGUGGAGGUGGUGGGGGUAGCAGUCAACCAUCCUCCAGUUCCUCCUCCUUUUCCAACAACAACCCGUUCCUCCCCCUCAUCCAAGCAUCUACUCAAUUCUUGGCGCAAAAGUUGCAUUCCUUCCAGCAGCAACAACCUUUCCAAAAUUCUGGUGGUAACAAUGGCACUGGAAGCAGCAGCAGAAUGGGGAAUGGUGGGAUUCAACGCCAAUUUGGUGAUAACGGCCGUUUGCACUCUACGUCACACAGCGUGGACAGCGUUGAAUCAACAGUUUCUUCCUCUUUUCGAACCCCGCCAGUCCCAGCACCAGCCAACACUGCUCGGAAGGGGUUGAGCAUGGGAGAAAUUUUGUUCUCAUCACCACCAGCUCAUUCACUUCCACUGAAUGACGGCGCCCCACCACAGCAGGAAGAAAUUGAACCAGCAUCACGACGGUCGUCGCAGCUCAUGAAAGCAGCCACCGUUUCUGCUGGUGGUGGAGGAAUUGAGGAGAAAAUAAUUGACAGGGUUGAUAACUCGUUCGGACGGAGGAAAGACAGCGGACACACUUUCCCCGUUAAUGUUGAUUCCGUGGAGAGUGACAACGACAGGAGGAGGUCCGUGUCCAGAGAGUUGAAUGAGGAAGAGCAGCAGAAAACGACCUCCUCAUAUCAAAGCCACAACAACACCACCACUACUUUCUCCAAUACUCCUGGUGCAGGUUUGGAAUUGAGAAGAGGCAGCAACAGUCAUGCUGUUCCUGUCACCUCCUCGAGUACAAAGAUAUCCACCAGCAACAACAACACAACAACUAUUACCAGUAAUUCCGCUAAUGUUUUGGAACCGACCGUGGCCAACUGCAAACCUGAGAUCACAUCGCUGCAUCACAGCACUGGAACCAGCCCGACACGAAUUCGAGACCGACAGAGAAAAAUGGAACUUACGCUUCAGCAUAUUCAGAACAAUGCGGAGGACAGGAUGAAUCCAAGCAAGAAGCUGCACCACAACCUCGACUCACAUUACCCCGUGUCGAAACCAUACAUUCCCAAGAUAUUGGACCCCAACGGGAGUGACCGGUACCGAUCCCCCCACCACCGCUCUCCCGUCCCCCCACUCAGAGAGGCUGAUGAGUUGGCUCUGCUUAACGAACCAUCACCACCACCACCUCCUCCACAUGGGGCAGACACGUUCUCCUUCCUUGAAGAGUCAACCAAAAAGAAAACGAUGGAGCAGCAGCAGCAGCCGCAGCCGUAUCACAUAAAAAAUUUCCGAGCUCCCGUCCUCAACCUGUGCGAUGAAAUAACAUGCAACAAAUGGAUUUUGGAGACAAUGAGGGAGGAGAUCAGGCUAGAAAACGAGCGGAUGGAAGACGCCACUAAAAGUUUGAUGAUGGACGAGGACUUUUCCACUCUAGGAUGUGGCGAGAGACGGAAAGGGAGUAAUGGGGUUGGAGAAAAAACAGGAGAAAGUCGUCAAACUUCUUCUUCUGGCACAGGUCUCGCUGGCAAAAGCAGCUACAACUACCAGUCCUCCAAAACCACAACCAAAAGUCACGAGUUGGAUAAGUUAAACAAUGCUGAGACUGAGACGUCAAGUUCUUCUAGCAGCAGCAAAGUAGGAGAAGUGGAGAGUAAAGAUAACACGAAAAUCUCCCAUGCAAAUUCUACCAGUGGAUCUUCCGCACAAGACCUGCCGGGUUCACAUGAAGGAAAAACAAACUUCAUUCCCACUGAAAUCAAUCCCACCGGAGUUGUGUCAGAUGGGUCGAUGGAAAUGCAUAGCAGAAAUCCACAGGGCGGUGGAGAAAGAGGCUUCUCUUCAAGUAAUGGAAUAACGUGUGGAGGCAGUAAUGGAGGCGGUGGUGGAGGAUCAGCAAUACCACCAGCGACGCUUGUUAACAGACCAAUUUUGGGGGAGAGAGCUCACAGCUACAGCAGUCCGGGCAGUGGACAACAACUUCCUCUGAUGUCCGGUCCCCCGUUUCGGAACACGCGAUCCUUCUCCUUGAGGCAACAGUCCUCCACGGACAGUGUGGGGUCCGAGGAUCUGAUGGGAAGCCCGGACGGGAGCCUUCCAUCUCUGCAGAGGGCCAUGUCCUGUGACUCGGUAUCUUCAGAUACAUCAAUGACGAUGAGCGAUUUCGACCCCCCUCAUCCCACCGGCUAUCUCUGCGUUGGUCUCGAGUAUGACUGUGAGACGGCGGAUUUGCUGGUGAAUGUGAUGGAGGCGAAGGAGUUGGUUGGACCGGAUCCCAAUUCGCUGGCCUUUGAUACUUAUGUUCGUGUCUACCUCUUACCUGAUAAAACACAUAACAUGCAGACUCGAGUCUACAGAAAAUCUCUGAAUCCCGUUUACCGAGAAAAGUUCAUGUUUGGCGUGGAGACGAUGGAGCUUCCCCUCCGAACGCUAGUUUUUUACCUGUUUGCCACGGAUAAAUUCUCCAACACUUUGGUGGGGGAGACUGAAGUCAAACUGGGAGAUUUGGAUAUUUAUCAGCCGAUUACGACAUGGCUGCAACUCACCGACACUGGCCAGCGGGGCGGAGAAUCUGGCGAAAUCAUGUUUUCUCUCGCCUACUUGCCGACUGCAGAAAGGUUGACGGUGGUGAUAGUGAAAGCCCGAAAUUUGAAGUUUCCCCAUGACAGGGAGACAGGCGACCCAUUUGUGAAGGUCUACCUGCUCCAGAAGGGGAAGAAAGUCAGCAAAAAGAAAAGUUCGACAAAGCGAGGAGAAAAAAAUCCAAUUUUUAAUGAAGCCAUGAUCUUCAGCGUUCCUGCUCAUGCAUUGCAGACAAUCCAACUUCGAAUCACUGUAGCAGACACGAGGGAAGCCGAUGGCAGGGCGAAUUCCAUGGGUCACAUCAUCGUGGGCUCGUCCGCCUCAGGGUCAGCUCUGAACCAUUGGAAUACCAUGUUGGCAUCUCUCCGGAAGCCAGUCGCCAUGUGGCAUCCUCUUCGGAAAUGAAUGAAUUAUGUAUGAAAUUAAGGUUAUGUAUCGUGCAGGAUGCAAAAAAGGUGAACAUUUUCUUCGGAAAUGACCAAGUAAGCAUUCCCAUUGAGAACAACAAGAUUGCAAAUGUUAUAAUAGAAUAUCAUCAUCAUAAUUUUAGGUGUAAUUGCGAGUACAAUCGUAAUAUAAGGUACUAAAUAUACAUACUUAAUAUGCUACCUGUGUAUGAUAUGAUGUAUCCCCGACAAUAAAUUUGGUCGGCUCUAUACACCAUUCAAUGCUUAGAAAUGUAGAUGAUUAGCAGAAAUAUUAGCAGUUUAGUAAUAGCAAUAGUGGUAAUAUUCUAUGUGUGUAAUGUCCAAAUUGUAACCAAUUUAUGAAUGUAUGUACCCGCUAACAGGUGCACAUGCAUUCCAGUAUUUUGAAAAUCGGUCUGCAACAUUUAUGUAAAUAUGCGCUAUAAUUCCUCACUUUAAGGGAACACUAUUCUGACGAAUUUGAAACUAUAAUUUUGUAGUGACUGUUGAUUAAGUAGAUAUUUACAGAUUGGAGAGGGUAAUGUCUGCCUUAUUUGACCGUACUGUACAGGGAACUGUAAGCUGAUAAUAUGGACUGGCGAGAGAGCUGAUUCGAAUUUGACGAAAUUAUUCAUAAGAAUUACUCAUGCUUUUCAUUUCUUUCAUUUCCGGUGCACUAUAUCCAAAUCCAAAAAACUAUAUUUGAAAGGGACCAGAGAAAAAAUUUAUUAAAAAAGUACAAUCUUAUUUUUCAUUGAACUUUAAUACAUGCGGAAUAACGAAUCCAACAUUCGUCUAACAAUCUUAAUUUAUUAUUGUACUUUUAUAAUGUAAAAAGUCGUUGUGUGGAAGUAAAUGGUCGUACAGACAUUAUUAUCAUGUAAAAUCGCGUCGAAAUUAUGUAAUCAAUAUGAACAGCUACUUAUAUGCUAUGUCUACUACGUAGAUAUUAUGUACAUACAUAUAUUUUAAGGAUUUUCAGGAGUAUUAACUUACACUUUGAAGUAGUAUUAGAAUUAGAAGUCUGGGCGACUUUUAGAAAGCUGGCAACAAGCAUAUAGUGGCUAAAAACAUAUAUAAAAUAUACAUAGAAAUAGGACUAGAAACGAAUUUUUCGCCCUUUGAUGUAAUAUUCAACUGUUUCGAUUCUUGUCGUUGAGUCAUUUACGUAUGUAUCAAAUCAACCUGUAGAAAUUCUAUAUCGCCGUUAUUUAUAUGGAUUGUUAUCGUUAUCACAUAUUUAUUUAACUAAGAUUUCAUGUACAUGUACAUACAUUGAUGUGAACCCUUAAAUGAACAGAAAUAAACACGUUUUAAAAUGCAA